GGAAGGGAUUACAAAAUUGCGGCGUUCGCUGAUGAUGUAAUGAUCAUGACGACAAAUCCCACUACUUCUCUACCUUACAUACAAAAUCACCUACAACAAUAUAGCUCCAUCUCAAACUUUAAGAUAAAUGCUAGUAAAUCGUUGAUUCUUACAUUAGGAAUAUCUACUCAUACCAAAUCCUUACUGAUGAAAAAUUCCCCCUUUAACUGGUCUUGCCCAACCAUCACUUAUCUAGGAGUUAAAAUCAGCCCUCAAAUCUCAGAUCUCUUCUCCCUAAACUAUAUCCCCCUUAAAAACUCUCUUUUUAAAGCCAUAGACAACUUACAGACUAGGGCGCCCAUGCUAUCCUGGUUUGGGCGUAAAAAUCUUCUCACUUCAUUAAUCCUACCGCGCCUAACAUACCUCCAACAGGUCCUUCCAAUCCCUAUACCUAGCUCCUUCUACACAUCCUUGAAACAAAAAUUUAGAACCUUCAUAUGGAAUGGCAAAAAAGCCAGACUCUCAUACAAACUUUUAGCCCAUCCACGUCAGCUAGGCGGCAUUGGCCUCCCAGACCCAGAACUGUAUGGAAAAGCAAUACUUUUAGCUAGAGCGGUUGACUGGCUCCGCAACCCUACUGACAAACCUUCGGUAAGCUUAGAACAAAGCAUACUAGGCAUUCCUUUUCGGGCAGCCUUAUUGGGUCAUCACUUUCCCCCACAUAUACCAAUGCCUAACUUCCCAAUUCUAAAAGCAACACUGGACGCCUGGAGAUGGCUGAACUCCUCCCACUGCUCAGUUCCCUUCCCUUCUCCUAUUCUGACGGUAGCAGAUAUCCUAGGUACGUCCUCUCCAAUAUUAUUGCAAUCCUCCUCCAAACGUAUUAAAUCCUCCUCUUUGCCCAUCAGAAAUCUCUUGGACUCCCCGGGGAAGCUCCUGGAGACAGAUGCCAUUUAUACCCUACUCAACCCCUGCCCAUGUGACCUUACUUUAAUCCCUCACAUUAGAUCCUUUCUAAUGAGAAAUAAUACUGAAGGUGAACUCCUUCGCCCAAUAGGCUGGUUCGAAGCCCUCAUCAUCAAUCCCAAACCCCUGAGAAAGCUAAUCUCACAAAUACAUAGCAAACUGCGGACUCCACCACUUAUCGCCAAACCAUCUUUCAUACACAACUGGGAAAGAGAAACUGGGAUAACCAUACCUAUCAGUGAUUUGCCCGAUUUAUUUGACAUUCCCCACAAGGCUUCUUGAUGCGUGCGCAUUCAGGAAAAUUGAUACAAAAUACUGACCCAAUGGUAUAUUACUCCAUCUAGAUCUACCCAUUUUGCUGAAUCCUCCUCUGACAGGUGCUGGAGGUGUUCCGAGGAGACUGGAACCUUCCUCCAUAUUUGGUGGAACUGUCCAGUAAUUAACAAAUGGUGGUCGGACAUUUUUCGUCUAAGCAACCAAAUAUGUCAUGAAUCUGUAAAGAUGUCUCCACUUGGUGCAUUGCUGUCCCACUACACAGAUGCAAACCAACCCCCUCCCAACUAUCUCUUCAAACAACUCUUGAGUGCAGCACGCUUACUCGUCCCCAAACAUUGGCUUCAGACCACAUUGCCAACAAUUGAACAAUGGAAGCUUAAGGUGGACCAGCUCUAUCGCUUUGAAGAGCUAUCUGCUUGGGAAUCUCGCACGCACCCAGCCUUCAUGAAGCAUUGGUCACUCUGGUCCACUUUUAGGUUUUCCAGCAGCACAGAG